UAAUAAAAAAAUAAACAAAAAUAGAAGUCCCGAUCCAUUUCUUUUGCCCCUUUUCGUCGCCCCCCGCCAAAUCCACCCGAUUUCGAUCUAGAUUCACCUUCGAUUCUUCUUCAAAUCCUCAAAUUGAUUCCGAAUUCGAUCGGAUCUCUGUGUCUCCUCUCGAUUGCUACCAGUUUCUUUCUCUAUUGACGGCCUGAUUCGGUUCUAGGGUUAGGGUUUCCAGCGUGUUGGGGUUUUUUUGUUUUAUCAUUGGUUUGAUCGGAUCGGUGAAUCUUUUAUCCUUAAUAGAUAGUUUAGGUCGUAUGGUGACCCCCCGCCCUCUCGUUUGACCCCCGAUUUUUAUACCGGUUGUACUCGAGUCGGAUCUAGGUCGGGGCUUCCAGAAUCUGUUCGAUUCUGGAUUUUUUUUCUUUUCCAUUUCUGUGAUCUGCGUCUUGAAUUUGCGUUUCAAUUUGAGCUCAAAUUAUCUGUCAUAUUGGGGUUGUUAUUUUGAUUGAUUAUUUCUUAAUUGUUUUUUAUUUUAGAUUUCCUAAGUACAAAAUUUGAAUCCAUUGUCCACCUUUUUCGUGUGCUUGAGGAUUGUAGCACUUUCACAACUUGUAGUUGUUUUUAUUUGCCUCUCACUACCGCUAUUACUUCAUUAGAGGCGGGCCCUCAUUAACUUUCUUGAGAAAUCAAAAAUGGUGUUUAAGCAUAACAAGCUGCCAUUUGACCAUGAUGAUUCCCUCCAGCUUUCGUUUCAGCACAUGACGGAACUAGAUUAUGGUGAUCAAUUUGCAUCUUCUGUUCAUAGAUAUAUUCCUGAGAAGCAACAAUUUGCAGAUGGAGUUAGCACCAGAGGCAACUUCAAGUUGCAAAAUGUGGAUGCUGUUAAUUCCGAUGGUAAUUAUGGAUUUACGAAUGACAAAACAUCCAGCUUGCCGGAGGUAAUGCGCAGUGACGAUGAAACAGCUAGACUGGAGAGUAGCAAACGACCUUUUGAUGAUGAUGAAAACCUCGUAGUUGCAGUUAAGCGCACAAGGCAACUGGAUGGAAAUUUUCUUUCCUUCGGUAGCACCUGUGAGCAGGAAUCACUUAUUGCCUCCCUGUCCGAUACUGAGUUCAAGGACGGAAAGGAUGCUGCUGUUUCUCAGACUGCUAAGGAUUCUCAUGGCAGCAAUUUUUGUUUUCCUUGGUUCUCGUACAGAACAAAUGACGAGUCCCGGCUGGAAACACCUGUGCAGCUAUCUUUUUUCCCUGGAUAUUACGAAGAUUACCACUGGCCAGUUCGAUUCAAUCGAGUAGAGGAGUCUGAGUCACUUGUUUUCAACUACCCUCCUCGAAAACGUGUUGCUAUUGGACAAGGUCAUCAAGCAAUUAUUCCUGCAUGGAGAUCCAAAAGCUUCCCUGAUUCCUGUAGAGAUGGUCCUGGUGCUUCUACAUCAGCUGGGCACAUUCUUACUGAUGAUGAUCUUGGUGAUAAAUGGACUGGACACUGUGUUAUGCCAAUGCCCGAAUCAACUUCACUGAGUUUGGUUGUUUCACUUGGACACAGCAAAUUUGACUGUUGCUGUUUGGAUGAGGGCUCAAUUAGAUGUGUGAGACAACAUGUUAUGGAAGCGAGAGAAGAGCUUAGGAGUAUACUGGGGCAUGAGCGAUUUGUAGAUCUGGGCUUAUGUGACAUGGGAGAAGAUGCAACUUUGGGAUGGACCGAAGAGGAGGAACAGCUGUUCCGUGACGUUGUAGCGUCCAAUCCGGCAUCAUUAGGCAAGAACUUCUGGGAUGAUCUUCCUCGAGUUUUCCCCUCCAAAAGCAGCAAAGAGCUUGUUAGCUACUACUUCAACGUCUUCAUGCUUCGGAAGAGAGCUGAACAAAACAGAUCUGAUCCAUUAAAUGUGGAUAGCGAUAAUGAUGAGUGGCAAGAGAGUGACAAUUGUGAGUUUGGAUUUACACGGAAAGACGAGGAAGAUGAUUCAGCAGUUGAGUCUCCAGCAGAUGUUGCUGCAGAGGAUAAUGGGGUUGUUGGAGAUGGCUUGGAAGAUAUCCAUGAGGAUGCAGAAGAAGAUUAUUGUGAACAUGAAGACUAUGGAAUUUCUGCUGGAGGGGUCGGUGAUGAUAAGUCGAUAUUUAGUUCUAGGAAGCAACAUAAGGGGUUGCAUACACAUGAUUCUAUUGGGGAGGAUCAAGAAGUGCAUGAUGACUCUUGCACAUCCUAUGAGGGUCAACACAACAGUAAUGACUCUUCUGGUGGUCGUGGAGAUGUUUUGGAGGGUGACCAUGGGAACCUCCAUCCUGAAUACAGGAACGAAGGCGUGAGUGGUAUGACAGAUCAUGAUCUCGUUGUUGGUCAUUAUGAUUCGAAGCCAUGGGAGAUUGGCUACUUCCAUGGAUUUGACAAGGGCCUUGACUUCUUGCCAACAUGUAAUGUGAUUGAGGAGGUAUGUGGCCAUGAAUCCUGGGAGAAGAGCAGGGAAGGCAAUGGUGUCAGCUAGAUUGUGCUGUGUUAUUGGAUUAUUAACAUAUCUGAGUCUAGACUAUAUUGGGCACCAGUUGACGGUACUGCUUCUGGAACGUAACUCAUCUUUAACUUUGUACAUUCAUGGUAGGAGGCUGGUAGUUUCUGGUGGCAUUGUAAACUAGUUUUUGGUGGAAGAUCCUCUUAUGGACUGAAACCGUACCGAGAUGUAUCAUCUUUUUACAUUUUCUUA